CGCCAGUUUUGCAUUGGAGUCAGGGGCAUCAGUUCUCAAGAGGGACUAAUUUUCAAUGCUUUGCAAGUACAGGCGAUGGAUCUAUUGUUGUUGGGUCACUUGAUGGCAAGAUUAGGUUGUAUUCAAGGACAUCAAUGAGGCAGGCUAAGACAGCUUUUCCUGGGCUUGGCUCGCCUAUUACUUAUGUGGAUGUUACAUAUGACGGGAAGUGGGUAUUGGGGACAACAGACACAUAUUUGGUUCUUAUUUGCACUCUGUUUACGGAUAAAGAUGGCAAGACUAAGACUGGAUUUAGUGGUCGAAUGGGAAAUAAGAUACCAGCUCCGAGAUUGUUGAAGCUGACUCCUCUGGAUUCACACUUGGCUGGUGUGAAUAAUAAAUUUCAUGGUGGUCAUUUCUCAUGGGUCACUGAGAAUGGGAAACAAGAAAGACACCUAGUUGCCACAGUGGGCAAGUUCAGUGUGAUAUGGGAUUUUCAGCAGGUGAAGAAUAGUGCACAUGAAUGCUACCGGAAUCAGCGAGGCCUUAAGAGCUGUUAUUGUUAUAAGAUUGUGUUGAAGGACGAGUCCAUAGUCGAAAGUCGAUUCAUGCAUGACAAUUACGCAGUUAGUGACUCCCCAGAAGCUCCACUGGUGGUGGCAACCCCCAUGAAAGUCAGCUCUAUUAGCCUUUCUGGCAAACGAUCACAGGGCUGAAACAUUUUUGUUAAUAUGUAAAAAAUUCUUUUCUGUUUGUUUAGUUUGAUUCUGCUAUCAUUUUCUUUCCAAUUGUUCUUUGAUUUUCCCAUCUUGUAUUUUGACAUGGCCUUUGUAUUUAGUGAGAAUUCCAUUUGAUUUUUUUUUUU